AUGGGCUCAUCGAAGCGACGGGACCGGUCGAGGACGCGCGAGCGCGACAGACGCGACAGGAAGCGGAGCAGGUCCCGAGACAGGUACAGAGACAGGGACAGGGAUAGAGACAGGGAGCGCGACAGGGACAGGGACAGAGACAGGGAGAGGCGGCGGGAGCGGAGCCGGACGAGGAGUCGCGACAGGGAGAGGAGGCGCGAAAGGCCCCGCUCUCCGACGCCCACCGAACCCGACGGAGACAAAGUCAUCGCCGAUACGUUGGCCACGAUAGCGGCCACCAGGAACUUCGCUAACUUGAUAUCCAAAGAAGGAGAUGGCAAUUCCAACAUGUCCACAGGUAGUACCGAAGACGAUCGUAAAAAGAAGAAACGUUCCCGAUGGGGCGGCAGCGAACACGAGAAAAUCUUCAUACCGGGCAUGCCGACAAUCCUGCCGCCCAAUCUCAACAAAGACCAAGAGGAAGCGUAUUUACUUCAGCUGCAAAUCGAAGAGGUGAGCCGGAAGCUGCGCUCGGGCGAUUUGGGCAUACCGAUGAAUCCGGAGGAGCGAUCGCCGUCGCCGGAGCCGAUCUACAGCAGCGACGGCAAGCGCUUGAACACCAGAGAGUUCAGGACGAGGAAGCGAUUGGAGGAGGAACGCCAUGCGCUCGUCCUCAAAAUGCAAUCGAUCAAUCCCGAAUUCAAACCGCCCCUCGACUACAAGCCUCCGGUGACGAGAGUGAGCGAUAAAGUGAUGAUACCGCAGGAGGAGCAUCCGGAGAUCAAUUUCGUGGGAUUGCUGAUCGGUCCGAGGGGGAAUACGUUGAAGACGAUGGAAAAGGAAACCGGCGCGAAAAUUAUCAUACGAGGCAAGGGUUCGGUGAAGGAAGGGAAGGUCGGUCGAAAGGACGGGCAGCCUCUGCCCGGCGAGGACGAGCCCCUGCACGCCUACAUAACGGCCACCAAUCCGGAGUACGUGAAGAAGGCAGUCGAGAAGAUCAAGGAAGUGAUUCGACAGGGCGUGGAAGUGCCGGAGAACCAGAACGAUUUGAGACGGAUGCAAUUGAGGGAAUUGGCCCAAUUGAACGGAACGUUGAGAGAAAACGACGGUUUGAGGUGUAACAAUUGCGGCGCCACCGAUCACAAAUCCUGGCUGUGUCCCGACAAGCCGAACAUCACCAAUAGCAUCGUGUGUUCGAGUUGCGGCGCCGCCGGGCACAUCGCGCGCGAUUGCCGGUCGAAGAGACCCGGCCAGGGCGGGCCGCCUCUGCCCGGCGGCCCCGGCGACAAGGCCAAAAUCGACGAGGAAUACAUGUCGCUGAUGGCCGAAUUGGGCGAAGGCCCCCAACCCGUUUUCAUGCAGAACGGCAACAACCAACAGAGGAAAGCCCAAACGACGGGUUUCAACGUGUUCGAUCCGCAAUCGACGCCGCGCCCACUGAUGGCGGCGCCCAUGCAGCUGAUGAACGGCGCCGGCGGCGGUUGGACGGCGGCGGCGGCGGCCGCGCAGAUGGGCUGGCCGCCCGGUCCGCCGCCGGGCAUUUUGCCGCCGCCGCCGCCGCCCGGAUCGUCGAGUCCGCCGAGCGGUUGGUCGUCGGGGCAGCCGCCGCCGCCGGGCGCGCCUCCUCCGUUCGCCGUGUGGCCGGCGGGCGGGUUCGCGCCGGCGCCGCCGCCGCCGCCCGGUAUAGACGUGAGCUCGUUGUUGACGUCGCCGCCGCCGCCGCCUCCGUCUUAG